AUGUUCAAACUAAUUCUUGUCUUGACCCAAUUGUUUGCUUUGCGCCACCGAGGCAAAGGUUUCCUGGCCGCUGAUGAAAGCGCCGGGCCCUGGCUCAGGGCACGACAUGCAGAAGCGGCAAAGAUCCCAGAUGUGGCCGAGAACAGAGCAGAGUAUCGGUCUAUGUGCUUCGCAACUCCGGGCUUGAGCGAGCACAUCGGUGGAGUGAUCCUCCACUGGGAGACGCUGUUUCAACAAGAUGCACAGGGCAAAGCCAUAGUGGACAUCAUCAAGGACAAUGGCAUGAUCCCUGGUAUCAAGGUGGACAAGGGCUACAACAAGAAGCUUGGAUUUGCUGGUGAUUUUCUGAACUUCCCCUUUGGUUGCGCCGCAAAGAAAAGGGGGAAGGGCAUAUGGGGAACUCCGGUUGGCCCUUUGGGACACCCGGAGGUGGCCACUGUGGGCUUGGAUGACCUACAGCAAAGAUGCCACCAGGCGGUGGCCUAUGAGCAGGGCGCCCGCUUUGCCAAGUGGCGCAACGUGCUGCAGUUGGACCCGGCGAAGCAAAUGCCCACAGAGCUGGCGAUCGCAGAUUGCGUGCAUACCUUGGCGCGCUAUGCCUCGAUCUCUCAGAGCGAAGGCUUGGUACCCAUUGUGGAGCCGGAAAUCGUUCCCAAUGGAAACACG